AUGUCAGCAAGCAGCAGUGGCAAGGAGGAGGUCGGCAAGUGGGCGGAGCAGUAUCGAUGCCAGCCGAGCAGCCGCGCCAGCAGCAGCGGCGCCAGCAGCGGCGGCGCCGGUGGCACAGAGGCGUUCAUGCUGCCGCUGAUGACGCUGUCCAAGUGCAAGAUGCCCACGGAGAGUGUGCCGCUGCAGAUCUUUGAGCCGCGGUACAGGCUGAUGUUCAAGCUCGUCAACCAGAGCGCCAGCAGGCGCUUUGGCGUGGUGCUGGCCGACAAGAACAGCGGGCUGAUGGAGAGCGUGGGCGCUCUGUGCGAGCUCACGCACUUUGUGACCGUCCCGGAGCGGCGGAGGCUGUUCAUCAAUGCGCGCGUCAUCGGCCGCUUUCAGACGCAGCGCGUCGUCAGCGACAAGCCCUUCCUGGCAGGCAAGCCGGCGGGGCCCGGGACGGUGGUGCUGGUCCAUGUCUGCGAGGUACUGGCGGCACAGUAUGGCGACCAGGGGCCACAGGAGGUGGCAGAGCAGCUGCAGCUGGCGGCGCUGGAGCAGCGGGUGUGGGACAUCAUGCAAGACAUCAAGGGGCUGGCCGGCAAGCUGUUUCUGGCGGAGAAGCUUGGCAACGACAUCUUCAGCCUGGAGACGCGGCGGUGGAGCCCCGAUGCCGCGGCGCGGGCCGGCGUCGCCACCGCUGCGGGCGCGGACCCAACCCUGAUGCGCAUGGUGGAGGUGGCGGGACUGCUGGGUGAUGCGCAGACCAUGGCUGAGCGCACCACCGAGUACCUGUGCAGCGACGCGCUGCGGGAGGUGAGCGACAACGAGCGGAGGGAGCGGUUCAGCUUUGCUCUGUCCCGCACGCUGGACUUUGGGCCGGAGCGGCUGCAGCACCUGCUCUACACCCAGGACACGGCGGAGCGACUGCGGGCGGUGGAGGAGCAUCUGCUGGAGGGGCGGGCCUACCUGGCGGCCAGGAGCACGCUGCGGGACAUGUUCUGA